ACAAGGCAGAGACGUUUCUAUCGUCAAUGUGUUUUUGUACUUUUAGUUCCGUUCUGCGUUUACAACAGAGAACAACUUCAUUACGGAGAGUAAAAUUAAUACAAGCAUUCUAUACCAUGGCUUCUCCAAACGCUGCCAAAUUUGGGAAAGAAGAGGAAGUUGCAAGAGGAAAGUGGCUUUCCUUGAAUAAUAUCACCUACACAGAUCCUACAGGAAGAGAAAGACAGUGGGAGUGUGUGAAGCGGACAACGCGACAAACAGAUUCAGCCGACGCUGUUGGUAUCAUCGCAAUCCUGAAGCGGAUGCUGAAGUUUGACUGUAUCGUGCUGGUCCUCCAAUAUCGACCGCCGAUGAAAUGCUGCACUGUGGAAUUUCCUGCUGGCCUCGUGGAUGCUGGUGAAUCUCCUGAAACGGCAGCCGUCCGAGAGCUUUUUGAAGAAACAGGGUACACAGCCUCUGUCAAACAUGUCACCCCAGCUCUGUGUUUUGACCCUGGUCUUGGGAACACAACGGUACAGCUAGUCACAGUGGAGAUUGAUGGCAAUGAUGAGAAAAAUCAAAACCCACAGCAGAAGACUGAAGAAUCAGAGUUUAUAGAAGUGGUAUUAAUUCCUGUGGACGACCUCCUACAAAGACUGGAUGAUUAUGCAAAGUCAGGAUACAGUGUUGAUUCACGGGUGUAUUCAUACGCGUUAGGACUACAACCAAAGACUUCUUGAUUAAGACUGUAUAGAUCACAUAAGAUUGCAUUAUGUUAUUAUCUUUUGUACCAAGUCUCUAUAAUACAUGUAAUAUUCAUUAUGAUUUUACUAAUGUUCUUCAUUCAUACACAACAACUUUACAUAACUAGACCAAUAAAUUCAAUUUUAUUUUUA